GAACCUGGAAGAUAGAUCGUAUUGUACCAAUAUGAUAGUCUCCUUCAUCUUUUUCUUUCAAUCUUUUUAAUUUAUAGACGAGCCGGCAAAGAGCUCAAAACAUGCUGACAGUCCUGGGGGCCCUUUUUUGUUUUUGAUCUUUGCAUUCACCGGGUCUAACUGGGGCUUUAGGGAGUUGUCAAACGGAUUGAUCUCCUGUCAUAAAGAUAACUGGAAAUAUGUAACAUUUCAACACACAAUGCAUGCGUGAUGUAAAUCUCCAAAGAUUUUGUCAAUAGCUCUCCAGAUUCAAAGUGUCAAAGUUAGACAGCUAGUGGCCAGAUUGAUCUACAAGGAACAAGAAAUCGAACAUAAUAACGUGAUGGUACAGAUCUGUGUUUGAAGUGUCUGAAGAAAGAUGGCGGAUUUUGUGGAAUACAAUAAUGACGAUGAGUUGAGUUUGUACAACAUGACAGCACAAGAGCUUUUGGAGCGAGUGGACAAAUUGGAACGACAGCUUGAUUUCUAUAUUCCUAUGUAUUGGAGCUUGGUUGUGGUUUUGGUGGCCAUCGCAUUCUUUGUCUGUGUCUUGAUUUUGCCAGAACGUCGACGCCGACAUUUCAAGGACUUACUCCGCGUUGAAACGUUAAAGGCCAAUCAUGAAGCCGAAGAGGACCUUCAAAACUACAGUCAAUUCUCAUCCCGGCGACUCUCCCUGGCUGACGAUGAUGUCUUUGUAGAAAUGGCUGACCCUCACAGUAAUGAUGAAUCCCUGUUCAAUGCUCUCGAGCAAGAGCCUUCUGCUCAAUAUAACGAAGGCUUCGAUUUUGAUGACGUCGAUUUGAACAAGAAACAUCGUUACCUCAAACGAACCGAAUUGAUUCUAAAACCAAGGACCUUACCCGAUUUCCAAGAAAUCAUCAGCUAUGACCCCAAUCAACAACCAAUCUACCGAGAUAGCAAUUCUAGAGUUACUGGUCAAGAUUCCAACCAGUUCGGCAAUUCCUUGAAACCGGAGGCCAUAAGAAAGAACACGAGAGACGCUGUUCUAGCCAAUUCUAAUAAUGACCGCCAUCAUGAUGGACUUGAAAAUUAUUCUACCAAACCCCAUGUAACUAAAGAAGACGAAGAGUAUAAAGCAUCCAUUCAGAAAAUGGUCCCAGGACUGAGCAUUACAAGGCCCUCAGUGAACGAUGAAGAUUUGAGCUAGUUACUGAGACUCAAUUAGCAGUGUGUAGAAAGCAAUUGAAAUUUGGGCGUCUUGUGUAACAGUUUUCAACCACUGGAGUGUCUGGUCCUCUGUCAACCGUUCAAAUUUCGGAAGUAAAUGAACGUGAAUGUUAUAACUUGUCUUUUGGUGUCUAUUUGAAUUCUGAAACUCGCCUAGUUAUCAAUCAGUCUUUGCAAGGGUUGCAAGAGCUUUCAAAGUACCUGACUUUAAAUUAACGUUUUUGGAUGCAACACUAAACCAUUUUUGAUGCCUUCAAAUUCUGAAAUGGAAACAUCCUCUAGCAAGAAAUGAAUUCCUGUAAUUGCAGCUUUGUGGUAUUUAAUCAAACCUUUGUUAGCUUUGUGCCUUCCCAAUAACAGAAGACACGUGACUCUAAAUAACUUUACGAUCAUUAUAGUAAGUGGGUAAGACACUUUGAUAUUACGUGUAAGACAUGUUUCUACAAUCUAAGCCAAA